UGCUAGGGAAUGGGCUGGGCGACCGGGGCAACCCUGGCCCCUUGGACGCACCGGAAGGAGCUCGGUCCCUGUGAGCCAAGGCCGAGAGCUCCAGAGACCAGGCAAGAUGGGGAAUGCCAAGAGCCUGCCGAGCCAGAAAACAUGCUCCAAGUUCCUGUCCGAGGAACAGGCUGAGGUGGACAGGCUGUUUGAUGCACUGUCAUCUAAUAAAGGUGGCUCAGCAACGGAGACGUUCUCUCUGGAGGCACUAAAGAACCAUGUCAAGGAAGCUCUUCCUCCAGUGAUGGUCACCAGGCUAUAUAAUGGCAUGUGGAGGGUCAAGCCAACCCACAAGGCACAUGGGGGCUCCAGGAAUGUUUCCCGGGAGCAGUUCACAGUGUUCCUAUCCCACCUGUUGAGAGGGAGCGUCGAGGAGAAGGGCCGUAUGGUUAUGAAAAUAAUCUUAGCUGCAGAGUGUCCUGUGAAGGCCAGAGAAGUCCUGAAGUUCACAGAGGAACUGGUAGCCUCUCUGGUGCAUGUGCUGACCCACCGGCGUGAGCUUCGAGGCUGGACUCGGAGGAAACCCAAGGCAUCCCCCACCAGUGUGCAGGUGAUGGCUGCCCAGCUGCUCUCACAGAUGAAGUUUCAAGAUGGCCACACGUUUCUGGAGCCUCAGUGCCUGGACCAGGUCUGCGACCAAACCAUGAUCGAAGACUGGGUGUUCCAUGUCCCUCAUGUGGGCAUAUUUCUGAGUGUGGUCGUCCAUCGGGGCCUUCACCUCCUGAACUCGUCCCUUGACCUUUCCACGCUGAUUCCUGAGUGCCAGGUGGGCCAAGAGCAGCACUUUGAGAGCAUUCUGGACGUGCCAUCUAUCAUCUACCUCAACUCCCACCUGGCCGCAGAGCAGCGGCACCGCUGGCGCCUGCUGUUCUCCACACAGCUCCAUGGACACAGCUUUUCUCAGCUGUGCAGUCACAUCACACACCAGGGGCCCAGCCUGCUGGUAAUCGAGGACAGGGACGGCUAUGUCUUUGGUGGCUUUGCCUCCUGUUCUUGGGAGGUCAAGCCUCAGUUUCAAGGGGACAACAAAUGUUUCCUGUUCUCCAUCAUGCCCAACAUGGCCAUGUACAUGCACACAGGUUACAAUGACCACUUCAUGUACUUAAAUCACGGACAGCAGACCAUGCCCAAUGGAUUGGGCAUGGGUGGGCAGCACCAUUACUUUGGGCUUUGGGUGGCUGCUGACUUUGGGAAAGGGCACAGCAAAGCCAAGCCCACAUGUACCACCUACAACAGCCCACAGCUCUCAGCCCAGGAGGACUUCCAGUUUGAUAAGAUGGAGGUGUGGGGGCUCGGUGAUCUCUUAAAGACAUGUCCGGUCAAGAACAAGAAGAGCAUCCUUGACUCGAAUCCUGCAGCCCAAUCCCUGCUGGAGAUCAGUGGACGGGCUCGCCACAGUGAGGGACUUCGGGAAGUUCCUGAUGAUGAUGAUGACUGAGGUCCCUGAACUGUGGGCUUCCUGGAGCAAGGGUAGGGACUCCUCCAGGGAUGCAGUGCCGGGUAGGCAGAGCCCCUCACACCCUCUGCCAUGACUCUGGCUUAGCUUUAACUAACACAGCCACAUGACCACAACUAGGCCAUCAUGGAUGUACUUAAUCAGAACACAGCCAUGCAAAGAAAAAUCCCACUGAAGCCAUAAUUGAUGGGUGUUGCCUCCCAGGAUCCCUGAGCAUAGGCUAGAACUUUGGCCUUAUUCUUUGUUCAUUUUAUGUGGGUAGAAUCCAAAGACAAAGAUUUGGCUUGAAACCUGCUGGAAAGGUGGUUGUUGGGGACAUGUAUUCUGAGGGGGCUCUAUGUGUGGCCUUUGCUCUGGGUCCUAGUGAACACCCUGAUGGUCCACAGUGAGUGGAAAGACAGAGGUGUUCAGAUGAGCAUCUUGGUACUUUGGAAAUACCCACCGCCCCACCUCCAGCAUGGGAUUUCUGGGUUUGUAGCUAAAGAUCUGAAGGUAAUGUUUCUGGGGGCAGGACUCCUCCAAACAGAUUUUUGAUGGGGGUGUCCAUACAGCUAUUUCAACACUUAAAAUGAGUCUGAUGGGCAAAUGGGAAAACUUGACCUAUCUACCCAGAGACCAAGCCAUUAGUGUGCUGCUAACUUAACUAUGAGGGUGUUUGGAGAGAGCUGAAGUCUGGGUGCUUGCUUAAUGGAUGCAGAAGACCCAUCCCUGAAGUCAGUGGUGGGUGAUGUUCAGUCUUGGCUGGGAGUGGCAGCCUCCAGGUACCUUCUCUGAGGUCACAGCUCAGGGCUUCUCAGAAAGAUGAUGAGUAAUGGGAUAGUACAGAUGUACUUUAUACAGACUCCUGUUAUCCCAGAAGACUGAAAAGUACUCAGGUGGGCAGGCUACCCAUCACACUCUGAGUCAUUGCCGCCCAGUGUUACCCACUCAGAGGAGCCAUGGGCCCCUCUCUGAGACCUCUACCUCUUCUGAUUGCCUUUUGCUGUAAACUUCAACCUUUAUAGAUCUGAUUAAGGUUCUGCCUUUGAUUGUACAGUUUGCCUCAAUUAAAAGCCAUGGUAAAGCCA